AUGGAAGUUCUGUAUUCAUGUGGCAGAGUUGCAUUUGCAAUAAUAACUAUAUCAUGCUGGAUCUUCUGCUUCACCUCUUCUCCUGCAAUCGCAUGCCCUUUCCCUGAGAGAAAUCUUCUCGUAGAUUUCGAGGUAGCCGUUGUAGACGAGUAUAACACUCUAAGUUCCUGGCACGGAUUCAAUUGCUGCACGUGGAGAGGAGUCAGUUGUAAUAUCCGCACAGGCCAUGUUUCUCGACUGGAUUUGAGUGGAUUCAAUUUGGAAGGUAACAUCAGUUCGUCGCUGUUCCAACUAGCACAGUUGGAGCACCUCGAUCUCAGUGACAAUCUCUUCCAGGGUAAUUUCAGUCCUCCCUAUAAUCGAAAGUUGAAGACUCUCACUUUUCUUGACUUGUCAUUUGCUGGAUAUGUAAGUGAAUUUUACGUGAGUUUGGAAAGCUUAUCAAAUCUGGUGAGCUUGGAAUACCUCUCUCUUGCUGCAGUGAACAUCUCUGCAAGCAAAGAGUGGGGUGAAGCUGUUGGCAGUCUACCCAACCUUCAAAAACUCAGCAUGACUGACUGUGGGCUUGGAGGACCAAUUCCCAAUCCCCUUCUCAACCUCACCUCUCUCCUUCAUCUCGAUCUGUCAUACAACUAUUUAUCAGCACAAGUACCUUCUUGGUUUGAAAAUCUGACUGCCCACUUGCUCUCACUUGAUCUCUCUUUGAAUGAGAAUCUUGGAGGAGACCUUUCUUUCAUCGAACAACGAAAGUCUUCUUCGUCACUAACCAGCAUUGAACUCUCAGAGACAGACAUGAAGGGCCGAAUUCCAUCUGGUAUAUGGAAUAUCUCAUGCUUGAAGCAUCUUGUUCUGUCACGUACCGGAAUUGAAGGUGAGACUCCAGCUGCUAUAGGGAAUUUGAUUUCCUUGCAAAGUCUGGAUCUAUCAGCGACCAGAAUUGAAGGUGCGAUUCCAGCUGCUAUAGGGAAUUUGAUUUCCUUGCAAAGUCUGGAUCUAUUAGCGACCAGAAUUGAAGGUGAGAUCCCAUCUGCUAUAUGGAAUAUGCCGUCUUUGAAGGAUCUUCUUCUCUCAGCCACCAGAAUUGAAGGUGAGAUUCCAUCUGCUAUAGGGAAUGCGUUGUCCUUGGAAAGUCUUUCUCUGUUUGAUACCAGAAUUGAAGGUAAGAUUCCAUCUGCUAUAGGGAAUGUAUCGUCCUUGAAGAGUCUUAAUCUAUAUAAUACCUCUAUUGAAGGUGAGAUUCCUCUCUCCAUAGUCAAUCUCUCUAAACUUGUUUCUUUGGAGCUUGUCCUACAACAAGUUAACUGGGGUAAUCCCACCUUCAUUGGACUCACUUUCUUCCCUUGUUAG